AUGGCGAGUGAGAAGCCGGUGUCAGGGCCGGACCCGCAGCCCGCGGGGCUCAUCCCUGUCGGGGCCGGAGGAGGCGGCGGCAGCGCCGCGGUGAUGGGGGAGCUGCGAGCGUCGGGCUCCGGGUCCGUGGUGCUCCCCGCGGGGAUGAUUAACCCGUCGAUGCCGAUCCGCAACAUCCGCAUGAAAUUCGCCGUCCUCAUCGGACUCAUCCAGGUCGGGGAGGUCAGCAACCGGGACAUCGUGGAGACCGUGCUCAACCUGCUGGUUGGUGGAGAGUUUGAUCUAGAGAUGAACUUUAUAAUCCAGGAUGCAGAGAGCAUAACGUGUAUGUCAGAGCUUUUAGAACACUGUGAUGUAACAUGCCAAGCAGAAAUCUGGAGUAUGUUCACAGCCAUUCUACGAAAGAGUGUCCGUAAUUUACAGACCAGCACAGAAGUUGGCUUAAUUGAACAGGUACUGCUGAAGAUGAGUACGGUGGACGACAUGAUUGCAGAUCUUCUAGUUGAUAUGUUGGGGGUUCUUGCCAGCUACAGCAUCACUGUCAAGGAGCUGAAGCUUUUGUUCAGCAUGCUUCGAGGCGAAAAUGGAAUCUGGCCAAGACAUGCAGUUAAACUAUUGUCAGUCCUUAAUCAGAUGCCACAGAGACAUGGUCCUGAUACCUUUUUCAACUUCCCUGGCUGCAGUGCUGCAGCAAUUGCAUUACCUCCUAUUGCUAAGUGGCCUUACCAAAAUGGGUUUACUCUUAACACCUGGUUUCGUAUGGAUCCAUUAAACAAUAUUAAUGUAGAUAAGGAUAAGCCCUAUCUCUAUUGUUUUCGCACUAGCAAAGGAGUUGGGUACUCUGCUCAUUUCGUUGGCAACUGCUUAAUAGUUACGUCGUUGAAAUCAAAAGGAAAAGGUUUUCAGCAUUGUGUGAAGUAUGAUUUUCAGCCACGCAAGUGGUACAUGAUCAGCAUUGUGCACAUCUACAAUCGUUGGAGAAACAGUGAAAUUCGGUGUUACGUUAAUGGUCAACUGGUAUCCUAUGGUGAUAUGGCUUGGCAUGUUAACACGAACGAUAGCUAUGAUAAAUGUUUUCUUGGCUCUUCAGAGACAGCUGAUGCAAAUAGAGUGUUUUGUGGUCAACUUGGAGCAGUAUAUGUGUUCACUGAAGCACUCAAUCCAGCACAGAUAUUUGCAAUACAUCAGUUAGGACCUGGAUAUAAGAGUACUUUCAAAUUUAAAUCUGAGAGUGAUAUUCAUCUGGCUGAGCACCACAAACAAGUUCUAUAUGAUGGGAAACUUGCAAGUAGUAUUGCCUUUACUUACAAUGCUAAGGCUACUGAUGCUCAACUAUGCCUUGAAUCCUCGCCAAAGGAAAACCCUUCAAUUUUUGUACACUCUCCACAUGCUCUUAUGCUUCAGGAUGUGAAAGCUAUAGUAACCCACUCAAUUCACAGUGCAAUUCAUUCGAUUGGAGGGAUUCAGGUUCUUUUUCCUCUCUUUGCCCAGUUAGACAAUCGACAACUAAAUGACAGUCAAAUGGAAACAACUGUCUGUGCCACCCUUUUGGCUUUCCUGGUCGAACUUCUUAAGAGUUCAGUAGCCAUGCAAGAACAAAUGCUGGGUGGAAAAGGCUUUUUAGUCAUUGGCUACCUCCUUGAAAAGUCAUCUAGAGUUCAUAUAACCAGGGCAGUUUUGGAGCAAUUUUUGUCUUUUGCAAAAUAUCUGGAUGGAUUGUCACAUGGAGCACCUUUACUGAAGCAAUUGUGUGAUCACAUCCUUUUUAAUCCUGCUAUUUGGAUACAUACCCCUGCAAAGGUGCAGCUUUCACUGUAUACCUAUCUGUCUGCUGAAUUUAUUGGCACUGCUACUAUCUACACCACCAUACGCAGAGUAGGAACAGUAUUACAGCUAAUGCACACACUGAAAUACUACUACUGGGUAGUUAAUCCUGCUGAUAGCAGUGGCAUUACUCCUAAAGGACUAGAAGGUCCUCGGCCAUCACAGAAAGAAAUCAUAUCACUACGAGCAUUUAUGCUUCUGUUUUUGAAACAGCUUAUAUUGAAGAAUACUGUGUUCUGUUCUCAUACCAACAUUUUUGAAAUAUCGGAGAGGGUGCAAGUCAUUUAUAAAUUACUGGCUUCCAAAAGUGAAAGUAUCUGGGUGCAGGCUCUGAAGGUACUGGGAUAUUUUCUCAAACACCUGGGUCACAAACGAAAGGUUGAAAUCAUGCAUACCCAUAGUCUUUUCACCCUUCUUGGAGAGAGGUUGAUGCUGCAUACAAAUACGGUGACCGUUACAACAUAUAACACACUUUAUGAGAUUUUGACAGAACAAGUAUGCACUCAAGUUGUUCAUAAACCACAUCCAGAGCCAGAUUCUACAGUGAAAAUUCAGAAUCCAAUGAUUCUUAAAGUGGUGGCAACAUUGUUAAAAAAUUCCACACCAAGUGCAGAGCUGAUGGAAGUUCGGCGUUUGUUUUUAUCUGAUAUGAUAAAACUUUUCAGUAAUAGUCGUGAAAACAGAAGAUGUUUACUUCAGUGUUCGGUGUGGCAGGACUGGAUGUUUUCUCUGGGAUAUAUUAACCCUAAGAACUCUGAAGAACAGAAAAUCACAGAGAUGGUGUACAACAUCUUCCGUAUUCUCUUGUAUCAUGCAAUAAAAUAUGAAUGGGGAGGCUGGAGGGUCUGGGUGGAUACUCUUUCUAUAGCACAUUCCAAGGUCACCUAUGAAGCUCACAAGGAGUAUCUAGCAAAAAUGUAUGAAGAAUAUCAAAGGCAAGAGGAAGAGAACAUAAAAAAGGGGAAAAAGGGGAAUGUGAGCACUAUCUCAGGCCUUUCAUCUCAGACAACAGGAGCAAAAGGUGGACUGGAAAUUCGAGAGAUAGAAGACCUUUCACAAAGCCAAAGCCCAGAAAGUGAAACAGAUUACCCUGUCAGCAGAGAUACCAGGGACUUGCUCAUGGCUACAAAGGUGUCAGAUGAUGUGCUUGGAAGUUCAGAUAGACCAGGAGGGGGUGUACAUGUUGAGGUUCAUGAUCUGUUAGUUGAUAUAAAAGCUGAAAAGGUAGAAGCCACAGAAGUAAAGCUUGAUGAUAUGGAUUUAUCACCAGAGACUCUGGUAACUGGAGAGAAUGGUGCCCUCGUGGAAGUUGAAUCCCUUUUAGAUAACGUAUAUUGUGCUGCUGUUGAGAAACUCCAAAACAAUGUCCAUGGUAGUGUUGGUAUCAUUAAGAAAAGCGAAGAGAAGGAUAAUGGGCCUUUGAUAACACUGGCUGACGAGAAAGAUGAACCUUCUACUAACAAUACCUCAUUUCUUUUUGAUAAAAUACCCAACCAAGAAGAGAAACUUCUCCCUGAACUUUCCAGUAAUCACAUUACUAUUCCAAAUGUACAAGAGACUCAAAUGCAUCUUGGUGUAAGUGAUGAUCUUGGAUUGCUUGCUCACAUGACUGGUAGUGUAGAUAUAACAUGUACUUCAAGUAUAAUAGAGGAUAAGGAGUUCAAGAUUCAUACCACUUCAGAUGGAAUGAGCAACCUUUCUGAAAGGGAGUUAGCUUCAUCAUCCAAAGGAUUAGAAUAUGCUGAGAUGACAGCUACAACCCUGGAGACAGAGUCUUCUGGUAGCAAAAGUCUACCUAAUGUUGAUGCAGGAAGUAUAAUAUCAGAUACAGAAAGAUCUGAUGAUGGUAAAGAAGCAGGGAAGGAGAUAAGGAAGAUCCAGACAACUACUACAACCCAAGCUGUGCAAGGUCGGUCUGUUACCCAGCAAGACAGAGACUUGCGAGUUGACUUGGGAUUUCGAGGAAUGCCAAUGACAGAAGAACAACGACGCCAGUUUAGUCCAGGUCCACGCACAACUAUGUUUCGUAUUCCAGAGUUUAAAUGGUCUCCAAUGCACCAGAGGCUGCUGACAGAUUUGCUGUUUGCAUUAGAAACAGAUGUACAUGUUUGGAGAAGUCAUUCUACAAAAUCUGUAAUGGACUUUGUCAAUAGCAAUGAAAACAUUAUUUUUGUACACAACACGAUCCACCUCAUUUCCCAGAUGGUAGACAAUAUUAUCAUUGCUUGUGGAGGGAUUUUACCAUUGUUAUCUGCAGCCACAUCUCCAACUGGUUCUAAGACUGAAUUGGAAAAUAUUGAAGUGACACAAGGAAUGUCAGCAGAGACAGCAGUGACUUUCCUGAGCCGUCUGAUGGCUAUGGUUGAUGUACUGGUAUUUGCCAGUUCUCUAAACUUCAGUGAGAUUGAAGCUGAAAAAAACAUGUCUUCUGGAGGCUUAAUGCGACAGUGCCUAAGGCUGGUUUGUUGUGUUGCUGUGAGAAACUGUUUAGAAUGUCGACAAAGACAGAGAGAUAGGGUGAACAAAUCUUCACUAAUCAGCAGUAAAACUCAGGAGACUCUUCAGGGUAUGACUGCAACAGCAAUGACCAAGACACCAUUGGAAAAUGUUCCUGGUAACCUUUCCCCAAUAAAGGAUCCUGAUAGACUUCUUCAGGAUGUUGACAUUAAUCGUCUGCGAGCAGUUGUUUUUCGUGAUGUGGAUGAUAGCAAACAGGCUCAAUUUUUGGCUUUGGCAGUAGUUUACUUUAUUUCUGUGCUGAUGGUCUCCAAGUACCGUGAUAUACUAGAACCUCAACGGGAGACUGCAAGAUGUGGGAGCCAGGCAGGUAGAAAUAUCAGACAGGAAAUAAAUUCACCAACAAGUACAGUUGUGGUCAUACCAUCUAUCCCUCACCCAAGUUUGAACCAUGGAUUCCUUGCCAAGUUAAUUCCUGAGCAGAGCUUUGCCCACUCAUUUUACAAAGAGACUCCUGCUGUAUUUCCAGAGAAUAUCAAGGAAAAAGAAACACCAACACCAGUUGAAGAUAUUCAGCUGGAAAGCUCCAUUCCUCAUACAGAUUCUGGUAUUGGAGAGGAGCAGAUGCCCAGCAUCUUAAAUGGGACAGACUUAGAGACAAGCACAGGCCCUGAUGCUAUGAGUGAAUUAUUGUCUACUUUGUCUUCUGAGGUAAAGAAAUCUCAGGAAAGCUUAACAGAAAGUCCCAGUGAAAUCUUGAAGCCUGCACCUUCAAUAUCCAGCAUCAGCCAAAGCAAAGGCAUGAAUGUCAAGGAGAUACUAAAAAGCCUUGUGGCAGCCCCUAUUGAAAUUGCAGAGUGUGGUCCUGAUCCUAUCCCUUACCCAGAUCCUGCGUUGAAGAGGGAAGCUCAGUCAAUUCUUCCCAUGCAGUUUCACUCCUUUGACAGGAGUGUUGUCGUACCUGUAAAGAAACCGCCUCCAGGUAGUCUAGCUGUCACCACAGUUGGAGCUGCCACUGCUGGAGGUGUUCUGCCACCGGGUACUACACCAAACAUAUUUGCUGCUACAGGAGCUACACCAAAAAGUAUGAUUAAUACAACAGGUGCAGUGGAUUCAGGAUCUUCCUCUUCCUCUUCAUCCUCUAGCUUUGUGAAUGGUGCUACCAGUAAAAACCUUCCAGCUGUACAAACUGUUGCUCCAAUGCCAGAGGAUUCAGCUGAAAACAUGAGCAUCACUGCAAAGCUUGAAAGAGCUUUAGAAAAAGUGGCCCCACUCCUGCGUGAAAUUUUUGUAGACUUCGCCCCUUUCUUGUCCCGUACGCUGUUGGGCAGUCAUGGACAAGAACUGCUGAUUGAAGGCCUUGUGUGUAUGAAGUCGAGUACUUCUGUGGUUGAACUUGUUAUGCUGCUUUGUUCACAGGAAUGGCAGAAUUCUAUUCAGAAGAAUGCAGGACUUGCGUUUAUUGAGCUCAUCAAUGAAGGAAGAUUAUUAUGUCAUGCAAUGAAAGACCACAUAGUGCGUGUUGCAAAUGAGGCGGAGUUUAUUUUGAACCGACAAAGAGCUGAAGAUGUACACAAACAUGCCGAAUUUGAGUCACAGUGUGCUCAAUAUGCUGCUGAUAGAAGAGAGGAAGAAAAGAUGUGUGACCAUCUUAUAAGUGCUGCUAAACAUCGCGAUCAUGUUACAGCCAAUCAGCUGAAACAGAAGAUACUGAAUAUCCUAACAAACAAACAUGGUGCGUGGGGAGCAGUCUCUCACAGGUCUUUCCUUGGUGUUGAUAUUCAGUGUAUCAAAGACAUAGAAUUGCAGUUGAAUAUUCUAGGAAUGAAAGAAAUGCAGAAAAAUCACAAGUUAGAUGUUGUUACAAUAGGUGGUGUAGGCCCGGUGGUUCUCAGCACGCCGGCACAGCUCAUCGCCCCUGUUGUAGUGGCCAAAGGUACCCUCUCCAUCACCACCACGGAAAUCUACUUCGAGGUGGAUGAGGAUGAUCCGGCCUUCAAGAAGAUUGACCCCAAAGUUCUUGCCUACACAGAAGGCCUUCAUGGAAAAUGGAUGUUCAGCGAGAUUCGAGCCGUUUUUUCAAGACGUUAUCUUCUCCAGAACACUGCUUUGGAAGUGUUUAUGGCAAAUAGAACCUCGGUUAUGUUUAAUUUUCCUGACCAAGCAACAGUAAAAAAAGUUGUGUACAGCUUACCUCGUGUUGGAGUGGGGACCAGCUAUGGUUUGCCACAAGCAAGGAGAAUAUCUCUGGCCACUCCCAGACAGCUUUAUAAGUCCUCCAACAUGACUCAGCGCUGGCAGCGACGGGAGAUUUCUAACUUUGAAUACUUGAUGUUCCUCAAUACUAUAGCAGGACGAACGUACAAUGAUCUAAACCAAUACCCUGUAUUUCCGUGGGUGUUAACGAACUACGAAUCAGAGGAAUUGGACCUGACCUUACCAGGCAACUUCAGGGAUCUUUCAAAGCCCAUUGGUGCUUUGAACCCAAAGAGAGCAGUUUUCUAUGCCGAGCGCUAUGAGACUUGGGAAGAUGAUCAGACUCCACUUUAUCACUACAACACCCAUUAUUCAACAUCUACUUCUACGCUGUCCUGGCUUGUUCGUAUUGAGCCCUUCACAACAUUCUUUCUUAAUGCAAAUGAUGCAAAAUUUGACCAUCCAGAUCGAACCUUCUCUUCAGUGGCAAGAUCUUGGAGAAACAGCCAAAGAGAUACCUCAGAUGUGAAGGAGUUAAUUCCAGAGUUUUACUACCUACCAGAGAUGUUUGUCAACAGUAACGGAUAUAAUCUAGGUGUCAGAGAGGAUGAAGUUGUUGUAAAUGAUGUUGAGCUUCCCCCUUGGGCAAAGAAGCCUGAAGACUUUGUCCGGAUCAACAGGAUGGCGCUGGAAAGUGAGUUUGUAUCAUGCCAGCUUCAUCAAUGGAUUGACCUUAUUUUUGGCUACAAGCAACGAGGACCAGAAGCAGUGCGUGCACUCAAUGUUUUCCACUAUCUAACAUAUGAAGGCUCUGUGAAUCUGGACAGUAUCACUGAUCCUGUCCUCAGGGAGGCCAUGGAGGCACAGAUACAGAACUUUGGACAGACGCCAUCUCAGUUGCUUAUUGAGCCACAUCCGCCUCGGAGCUCUGCCAUGCACCUGUGUUUCCUUCCACAGAGUCCACUCAUGUUUAAAGAUCAGAUGCAGCAGGAUGUUAUAAUGGUGCUGAAAUUUCCAUCAAAUUCUCCUGUCACACACGUGGCAGCCAACACGCUUCCCCACCUUACCAUUCCUGCAGUGGUAACUGUGACUUGCAGCAGACUUUUUGCAGUGAAUAGAUGGCACAACACAGUAGGCCUCAGGGGAGCCCCAGGAUAUUCUUUGGAUCAAGCCCAUCAUCUUCCCAUUGAAAUGGAUCCAUUGAUUGCCAAUAACUCUGGUGUGAACAAACGGCAGAUCACAGACCUUGUGGAUCAGAGCAUCCAGAUCAAUGCACAUUGUUUCGUGGUCACAGCAGAUAAUCGCUACAUUCUUAUCUGUGGCUUCUGGGACAAGAGCUUUCGGGUUUAUUCUACAGAAACAGGAAAAUUAACUCAGAUUGUUUUUGGCCACUGGGAUGUAGUUACUUGCCUUGCCAGAUCAGAAUCCUAUAUUGGUGGUGAUUGCUAUAUUGUCUCUGGAUCUCGUGAUGCUACCUUGCUUCUUUGGUACUGGAGUGGCCGACACCAUAUUAUAGGAGAUAAUCCAAAUAGCAGUGAUUAUCCUGCUCCUAGAGCUGUUCUAACUGGUCAUGACCAUGAAGUUGUCUGUGUAUCGGUCUGUGCAGAGCUGGGACUUGUUAUCAGUGGUGCUAAAGAAGGUCCUUGUCUGGUACACACAAUUACUGGAGAUUUGCUGAGAGCACUUGAAGGGACUGAAAACUGCUUGUACCCUCGCUUAAUUUCAGUAUCUAGUGAAGGCCACUGCAUCAUCUACUAUGAGCGAGGACGGUUCAGCAAUUUCAGCAUUAAUGGCAAACUCUUAGCUCAGAUGGAGAUCAGUGACUCAACCAGGGCCAUCCUCCUGAGCAGUGAUGGACAGAACCUCGUGACUGGGGGGGACAAUGGAGUAGUGGAAGUGUGGCAGGCUUGUGAUUUUAAACAGCUCUAUAUUUACCCUGGCUGUGAUGCUGGCAUUAGAGCAAUGGACUUGUCUCAUGAUCAGAGAACUCUGAUUACUGGCAUGGCUUCUGGUAGCAUUGUAGCUUUUAAUAUAGAUUUCAAUCGGUGGCAUUAUGAGCAUCAGAACAGAUACUGAAGCUGAAUGAAGAACUGAAAGCCAAGGUAAAGCUGAGAGCACAAGUGCUACAAUGAAAGGCGUAAUCUCUGGUGGAAAAACACGUCUGCAUUGACCUCCGUUGUACAUUCCAUUACACCCAGCAAUAGCUGUACAUUGUAGUCAGCAACCAUUUUAUUUUGUGUGUUUUUUCACAACUGAACACCAGCUGCUGAAAAGCAAGCUUGUAUCAUGUAAAUUAUAUGAAUUAGGAG